GUGGAAUAGCAUUCGCCUUAGCUGGCGACCAUUUAUCAAAACUUUUGGAAGAAAAAUAUCCGAAUAUUAAUUCUUUGAUACCUAAUGAUAGCGGUGAAACUUUGUCUUUACAAACCCCAGUUGGCGAUUCUAAAAAAUCUUAA